CUUCAACCAAACAAUGUAAGAGGGUUUCUUCUUCUUCUUCUUAUUCUCUCAUUUUAUUUCUAAUUAAAAUUUCGAUCAUGGAAAAGGAUCUCCGUCUCCGUCGUGAUUUCCACUCGCCGUCAUUCCCCGAGUUGAAUCGCUCCGAUUUUUACUCUGACUCCUCCGCCACCACCGUCCAUAACACAUCCGUAGAGGCCUCUCCGUUUCAGUCUAGACGAUGGACAGAUCAACUGCACAAAUUAUAUCUUAGUUCCUUAGAGGCCUCAUUUGUGAAUGAGUUGCAUCGUUCUAUACAUUUACGUGGUUGUGGUUGGAGCUUUCACAAUAAUGAUGAUGAAACAUAUAAAUGCAGAACUCUGCAAAAUACAUCUAAUAUGCCUAGACAGUCUCUGGCUCUACAAGAUGGCUGCCAGAAGAAGAUCAGCCUUGAAACAAUUGCUCCCGUGUUAGAGAGCACAGCUGAUUCCCAUGUUCUUGCAGGAAGAGAACCGGGGCGUGCAAUGCUAGAUAAAGCUUGUAGUUUGAGAGAGCCUUGUACCUAUGACCAUGGAUUACCUUUUGACGAGGAAAUUCAUGCCAGUGGGAGUUCAUCAUUUGCCAACAAGUCAGCAAGAAGUUGUUUGGAGAAGCAAUGCUCAUUCCAUGGAGAAUCGGGUUGCAGUACUACAGAGGUCGCUGAUCAAAACUUUAAAGAUGAAGUAGCCAGUUCGAGCAGCAUGCCCGUGGCUAAAAGGUUGAAGACAGUUGCAGCUGAUCGUUCAAGCACCGAUCAAAUUGUACCUUUCGGAAAGUUUCAGACAACUGAUGUUUCAACUAUUAGUAAUUCAACACAAGAGAAUGAAGGACAUGAUCUAUUAUUUCAACUCCCAGAGAGCUUGCAUGCCUCAAAGUCUGACCCGCCUCAUUUUCUCAGGGAUAGGUAAGUAUGCAACUUAGAUUAAAGCCUCAAAUUUUACAGUAGACGCCGAUAUAGCACAAGAAAAUAGUCAAUUUACUUAAGUGCCCUUUCAGGAAAUUUGAGGGGCUUAUUAUGUAAAGGAAAUUCAAAUAUGGAAACCCUAUUUUUGGUAAUUUUAGUGCUGGUUAGGUUAUUCAUAGGUGUUUAAUGUAUAAUAUAGUGAGGAAGAAUCCUCUGAUAGCAAUAUGUUUCAACAAAGUACAAAUAAUUAUUUUGUAUGAUGAAUUUUUGGGUAGGCUGUUUUGAAGUAAUUGUUUCAUAGUGAGGAAGAAUCCUUUGACAACAAAAAUAUUCAAGUGUACCUAAAGAUAUUUUUAAUUUAUUUUGGAUUAAUGGUUCCUGGAUCAACAACA